UUUGGCGCUGAGACGCGACUCGCGAACGCUGUCAGUCAGUCAGUCGAGUUCUACGCCGGUGGUCAGUUUAUCUCACAGAGGUCCUUUCUCUUACAGCGAAUGGAAUCGCCACAAAAAUGCGUUGCUAAUGAAUGUGUUUCUGCAAUAUGAAGAAUGGAAGAAGACGAUGUGACGAUUAGAGAGCAGAAUUUCCACAGCCAAGUGCGCGAGUACAUUGUCUGCUUCCUCCUGUUUGCGGUGCUGUACAUUGUAUCGUACUGCGUCAUCUCACGCUACAAGAGAAAAAGUGAUGACCAGGAAGAUGAGGAUGCCAUCGUCAACAGAAUAUCUAUGUACCUGUGUACAUUCACACUGGCAGUGUCUGGAGGGGCUGUCCUUCUCUUACCAUUUUCUAUAAUCAGUAAUGAGAUCUUGCUCUCCCUACCAAAAAACUACUACAUACAGUGGCUCAAUGGAUCACUCAUUCAUGGCCUGUGGAACCUGAUGUCCCUUUUUUCAAAUCUCUGUCUCUUUGUGCUGAUGCCUUUUGCCUACUUCUUCCUGGAGUCCGAGGGCUUCGCCGGUUCGAAAAAGGGCAUAAAGGCUCGAGUGCUGGAGACAUUUGUCAUGCUCUUUCUGCUGGGUCUCCUCAUCCUGGGCAUUGUAUGGGUGGCAUCCGCUCUCAUCGACAAUGAUGCCGCCAGCAUGGAAUCGCUCUACGAUUUAUGGGAGUUUUAUCUGCCAUACCUCUACUCCUGCAUCUCUCUGAUGGGAGGCCUGUUGCUGCUUAUGUGUACUCCAGUAGGACUGUCACGCAUGUUCACAGUGAUGGGCCAAUUACUAGUCAAACCCACAAUUUUAGAGGAUCUGGAUGAGCAGAUUUAUUGUAUACAGCUGCAGGAAGAGGCCUUGGAGCGUAGACUCAAUGGUACGAUGUCAAACUCUUAUUUCCAUGCAAACUCUCAGCACCAUCUUUACAAAGAGCUGGACAACGUUCGCAAUCAGAGGAACAAACUCGAAAGGAGAAAGAAGGCCUCAGCCUGGGAAAAGAACCUCCUUUACCCCAUAGUGAUGCUGAUCCUGCUUGCUGGAACGGCGAUUUCUGUUCUCCUGGUUGCCCUGAACAUUGUGUACUUGCUUGUUGAUGAGACGGCUUUGCCAAAGGGUUCAACGGAAAGAGAUAUUGGAAAUGCCUCCUUAUCCACAUUUGGAGUUGCCCAGGCGGUUAUCGAAAUCAUUCUCAUGUUGUAUCCUUUGCUGUGUGUGUUGAACCGUUAUCUGAUGGUCUCAUCUGUGGUUGGCUUCUAUAGCCUUCGCAUCUUUCAGGAGCUCACACCCAGAAAAGACGACACUACCAUGACAACGAUCAUUGGUUGCUGUGUAUCCAUUCUAGUGCUGAGCUCGGCCUUGCCUGUCAUGUCCCGAACACUUGGAAUAACAAGGUUUGAUCUCCUGGGUGAUUUUGGACGAUUUAAUUGGCUUGGAAAUUUUUACAUCGUACUUUCGUACAAUCUUCUGUUUGCUGUGGUAACCACAUUGUGUCUGGUCCGAAAAUUCACAUCUGCUGUGCGAUGCUGA